AUGUCAAGACUCGCCCCGUUAAUCAUCCCCGCUCUCUCCGAGCACACAGCAACGAUGAUCUUCCUGCAUGGACGUGGGGAUACUGGGUUUGGAUGGAAAGAUACCUUUGAGGGGGUUCUCAGACUUCCUUACAUGAAAGUUAUUUUACCCCAUGCUCCAACUCGAAAGUUGGCAAGGUGUGGGGGAGCGAGCAUGCCAGCGUGGUAUGAUUCCAAAAGUCUAACUUGGGAUGGUGGGGAGAUCGUAGAGCAUGUGGAAGGGAGUAGGAAAGUGGUAUUUGAUUUGAUAAACAAUGAGAUAUCUGAUGGAAUUGCACCAGAUAGGAUCUUGCUCGGAGGAUUCUCACAAGGAGCGGCGGUGUCCCUCUUCUCUGGCCUUACCUAUCAUCGAAAGUUGGGUGGGGUCGCCGCUUUGUCGGGAUAUCUGCUACAACAUUCAAGAUUCCCGGGCGAAUGUCAGGCCAAUAAGAAGACCCCAGUUUUCUUCGGUUGUGGGGAUUCUGAUUCCAUCGUUCCGUUCGGAAAUUUGAUGAAAAGAAGCUUUGAUUACAUUGAUUCGUUCCAGGAGGGAGUCGAAUUUCAUGUCUACCGUAAUCUAGAUCAUUCUGUAAGCAAUCAGGUAACUUAAUUUUGCGAGCAGUUCAUCGUUGAUUCUAGGAAUUGGACGACGUCAAGGAUUUCAUUGAACGGAACGUUCCCCGGGUUUAA